ACCGUAGUAUGCGGUAUAAAUCUGUUAAGCGUUGCACGUUCUGUUUGUUAAAAAUUAUUUCAAAUCGCAUGGAAACCACGUUGUACCGCCAUUGAAUUGAAAAGAAAAAAGAACACUGUUUCGCGCGGAAAACGUUUUUACCGACAGAUAAAAAAGAAAAAAAUAGAAUGAAAAUAUGGAUAUUUGAAUGGAGCAAAGUUGCGCGCGACUGUAAUUCGAAUGAUUGGAGGAAUUCAAAUUUUCUGCGCGUAAUAUAACGACCAAAUUGCCCACGUGUAUUCGUUUUCAUUUCAACCGACAGACUGAUUGACGAUAUGAAAGGAGGUUUUAUUUUGUGGCAACGAGAUCACGGUUAGAUUUCCGAUGAUACACCGACAGAGGAGUCGGCGUGGGUCAGAGUGGAAUAAUGCGACCUAGACGGCAACCUGUUGAAACAACGAAAAUUUCCACUUCCAUACGGAAUACAUUUGCGAGUGCACGGAAAGGGAUGCGCAGACGCGCGAAGCCGACUUCCUCCGUUCUUCUAGAGCCGCAGCAGCGAUCCCCGAUAUGCCUCUUCCAUUCAAUUUCGUAAGUGUCAACAACGGUUUUGUAGCGACCAGUGACGCUGCUAAACCAACGCCGGUGUUCGCACAGAAUUGAGCCGCAGAAGCCGAUUGCGAGUAGUUCGAAACGAUAUCGCGGGGUUAAAGCUUAAACGUUAAGAGACAGCCUUUUAUGCGUCAUAAUUUCACUCGCAGUGUUGUUUAAUAAUCUUUUGUGAAUUCGUUGGACAAAAAAACGAAAAAAAAGAAGCAAACAAUGCGACAAAAUUGUAUUGACGGAACGAUAAUUGUGCGAAUGAAAUUGAUUGUUGGUAUAAUGCAAAAUGUUAUCGCGUUAAAUUUAUCUGCUUUAAACUGAAUUCUCUCGCAAUGUUUAAAAAUAUCAUACGAACGUAGAAAUCGGAUUUACAGGUGGAAUGUAGAACGCGGCUAUUGUAAAAUAAAAAUAAAAUAUUGACAACGCAAACUGUUCGCGUGCUAACAUUAAUAAUACAUCAUUGCCAAAUAUAUAAGAAUAGUGAAACGUAUCGUAUGUGGAUAAUAAGAAAUAAUUUUCUGCCGGCGAAUUGAAUGUCGACGCGCAUGAUAUACGAUAUGAUUACGUGCACAUAACACAUACGUACGUCUGUUAUACGUAUAUAUUAUAUAUAUAUCAUGUUCGGUAUUUGAACAGUUUGAGGAAAAAAAAUGCGGGUGUUAAAUUAUUUCGUACCAUUGUUGUUGACGAAUCUUGUAAUGACGACGCCGUUACGCGCCGAAAGUUUCGAGACGUUUGAGGAGGUCGUCAGGAGGGCGAUGUGUGAUCUUGACGAUUCUGACGGGGCGAAAAACUGCGAUGAGACGGAAAGAGAGAUAACUUAUCUCAAAGUGUAUGCGGACGCGAACGUAACGUUCGUCUGUCGAGACGUAAACUUCAUCAGAAUGGUUCAUAAUCCGGGAACUUUCGUUAUUGAACGUCGUAGUGCGACGAAUGGAAAUUGGAUGAAACCGGUUAUCAGCAACGAGACGACUGCGUCUAUAAACGAAUUACAAUCACGGACAACCUAUUCGUUUCGUUUACACCGAAUAUUGGCGAACGGAGUUUCAUUACCAGAAAUCACAGAGACGGUCAGCACGAUGAUGGAAACUGUCCAUCCGAGUAAGGUGACCCAUAUUUCAGUCGGAAGACCGGAAGUUGAUCCUAAAAAUCCGCGCCGACUGCAAUCAGAAAUAAGUUUCACACCCGCGAACGAUCUCAGCUGCCACUACGAAAUUAUGCUGUUGGAACCGUCGAACAACUUUCAAUCCAGAGAUCUUGAGGAACCGACUGAUCACAAAACGACUUUCGCAAACUUGGAAUUUUCAAAAGAGUACACAAUACACAUCUCGGCAUCGACCCAAAGAAAGGUGACGAGCAGCGUAGCCCAGGCCACUUUGGUAACCCCUGAGUGCCUACAAUUUCACAAAAACUUGACCAUUUGCGCGCCAGGUGUGGUGGAGGGCUUGAACGCAACGACAAUCCACAAGUUCAGUAACAUUUACGACGUGAAGGUGACUUGGCGGAUGCCUGAAUUAAUUCCGGACUAUUACAUGAUCUUCAUGAAUCCAAUGACUUCCAGUUACACAGGGCCAAGGGUUCACAACGUUUCCGGUACGGCUACCGAAGACGUCUUUCCGGACGUGACAAUGUCGGACAUAUACCAGGUUAUGAUAAGAGCCGCUUCCACGGGUGGUCAAGGCCAGAGUAUCGAGGAACAUUUUUCGGUAAUGCAGUUAUUGCCGAAAGAGCCUGAAGAAUCAUCAGACAUAUCGAACGUGGGCGCUGCCAUUGUGACGUUAUUGGCAAGUGCCGUUUUGGUUAUGGGAACCGGGAUAUACGCUUACCACAGGCACGCGAAACGGAAACGAAACCGAGAGAGAUCCAAAUAUUUUAAGAAAAUUCAGAGUAUCGAUCGCAAGGACACCGCCCUAGACACGAUCAAGGGCUUCGAUGAUGGAAAUCCUGAUAGAAUCGGCGUCGGUUUCAAGAGCUUAUUGGCACCGGCUGACGAAUACGAGAUAAGCCCGGACCGUUUAGAGAUUAAGAUAGUCCUGGGGAGCGGAGCUUUCGGGGUUGUGAGGCUGGGAAGUUUACGCGACGACAGAGGCCAGACGACUCCUGUGGCGAUAAAAAUGUUGCGAGACAAUCCGAGCGAAGAGGAUCGGCGAUGUUUCGAGCUGGAAAUAAAAAUUAUGAAAUCUGCCGGACAACAUCGGAACAUCGUUUCUCUCCUUGGAUGCUGCACGAUCGGUCAGCGGCCUCUUCUCGUUGUCGAGUAUUGCUCCAGGGGAGAUCUGCAGUCCUUUUUACGCUCGAUAAUCCAGAAGGCUACGAUAUCGGCGAAGGAAGCAAAAAACGAUACAAAGACAGAGAAAAACGCCGACGAGGUUAUAUUUAAAUUUCCAAACCACAUCGAAGACGACAUGCAGAAAUCAAAUUUCGUCGUGAAUCGCGGAUACGCGGUUGACCAAGACAUUCUUUGCGACUCUGACACGGUGACAGUGACAGACCUGCUGAACUUUGGCCGACAGAUAGCGACGGGAAUGGAGUUCCUAUCAUCGAACAGAGUGGUUCACAGAGACCUGGCAGCCCGGAACGUCCUCGUAUGCGACGACAAAACCGUCAAGAUAUCGGACUUCGGGCUGAGCCGAGACAUCUAUCAGGAGAACGUUUACAAGAAACAGGGAAACGGACGACUUCCGGUGAAGUGGAUGGCCAUCGAGGCGCUCACUCACCAGGUCUACAGCACCCACAGCGACGUAUGGUCCUUCGGCAUUCUCCUCUGGGAGAUAGUCACUCUGGGCUGCAGUCCGUAUCCGGGAAUACCGACGAACAAGGUGCUGACCAAACUGCGAACGGGGUACAGAAUGGAACGACCCGCCAACUGCAGCGUCGCACUGUACAACGUGAUGCUGUCCUGCUGGCAAACGAAGCCCAAAGAUCGACCGACCUUCACAGCCCUGCGACAAGAGCUCGACAAACUGCUCAGCGUAGCUGCGGAAAAUGAGUACCUUGAUCUCAACGAUGUAUCAAGAGGGACGCCGCCUGACGACACGAUAUUAAAAAUUCCUAAUUCGUGUUCCGCUUAUUCUGAACACCAGCAGAGAUACGUCAACGAGUUUGAGCCGAAAAUCGUUAAAGAAUGAACCUCUGUUGCGGUAAAUUCGAGAUCGAGAAAUUAGCUCAAGGCUGGAACCGAGACUCUUGGACCUAUGAAGGUUCAGUCGAAGAUAGGAAUUAGAGCGUGGAUACUCUGUAAGCUUUGACGAAACGACGCGGUCGAUAUCAGAGAUAGUACAAUUACAAUACAGGCAAGCUUCACGAACCGUCAAUUUUAUACGGGGAAGAAUCCGCUCGCACGUUGCGUUCUAGGAAUUGGUAAAAGUUGGGAGUGCGAUUGACCCGCCGCCGUUGUGUAAUGCUUGAAACUGAUUUUUGAGAAGCUGGGUGAUACCGUCGUUGUCUGUUAUUUAAUGACAGUUUGUGAGAAUACGUGAAAAAUAGACAGUGUAUUUAGAUUUUAUACGGUUUUCGAUACUGCCUUGAUACGACUUUUAUUGACUUAUUUUUUGUUUCUACUUUCCUGAUUUUCAAAUAGUAUUACGAAGCUUGAAUAACGUUAGCACAAAGAACAAAUAUUACAAAAUCGAGUAGUACAGUUCAAGUUCGUUUUUACUUUUUGACUAUCGUGAAAAUUAACGAAGGAGCAUUCGGGAGACACGUUGAAUAGCGCGGUUCUCAUCUGCACGAUGUUGCGAUCAUGUGAAAUUCAAAAAAUGACGUCUACUGUCGCGUUUGUGAAAAUUUCACUGAACUUUUUUGUUCUCCUCUCGUUCACGCCUCUGGUCCUGGUUGAAUUUCGUCUUGAAUAGGAAAAAUGAAAAAUUUGUGAGUCACAAACCAGAUUUCUAUGAUUUCCCAAGCGUGCGUGAAGGAAGAUUUUAGGCAUCAUUACUUGAAAACACAGAUGAAACGUAGAGAGAGCUAAUCCUUCAAGUCUUCAAUUUUGUUUCAUAGAAAAUUGUGAACAAAUUGCUCACAUUGGUCACAAUGCUCCUAGAUUACUUUAGAAAUGCUCGUAAAAAAUAUCAUGUACAGAUAAUAUUAUAACAACGUGUUGUAACCUAAGAGAGUAAAUGUUUUACUACACGCAAAGCAAACGUUUGCGCACGUAACAUAGCGAAAAAUCAAAAUUUUUCUGCAUACGUUGAUUAAUAAAUAAGUACCACAAAAUACGGACGUGAUACGGUAUUUGUCGUCCUCUUCCUGUGUGUUUCACCCGCGAGAUGGUCGCUCAUGGAGAC